CUCAUUUAGAAUCUCAUCCCGACGCAUGGGACCUUGCAGCUCGUCUGUGUAGAAGACAAACAUCGUCCUCUAGUUUGUCCCGGUGUAAAACGUAGAAGCAAAGAGGAGGAGUUGCUCUCCACCAUCUCCAUCCAGGACACUGAGCUGGAGUCCAGCUGAAGUCUCACCAUGUCCACCGACCCUGCGGCCGAGCUGCCCUUCUUCUACGGCAGCAUCAGCCGCUCGGAUGCCGAGCAGCACCUGAAGCUGGCCGGGAUGGUCGACGGCCUCUUCCUGCUCCGGCAGUGUCUCCGCAGCCUGGGAGGCUACGUCCUGUCUGUUGCGUGUAACUUAGAGUUUAACCACUACUCCAUAGAGAAGCAGCUGAACGGGACGUACUCCAUCCCGGGAGGGAAGCCUCACUGUGGGCCCGCAGAGCUCUGUGAGUUCUACAGCAAGGACGCCGACGGGCUGGUGUGCACCCUGAAGAAACCCUGUCUGCGCUCUCCAGACACGCCGAUACAGCCCGGCGUGUUCGACAGCCUGAGAGAAAACAUGCUGAGGGAGUACGUGAAACAGGCCUGGAACCUGGAGGGAGAAGCCAUGGAACAGGCCAUCAUCAGCCAAGCUCCUCAGCUGGAGAAGCUGAUCGCCACCACGGCCCACGAGAGGAUGCCUUGGUAUCAUGGUAAAAUAGCCCGGCAGGAAGGAGAGAGGCGGCUCUACUCUGGAGCCCAACCGGAUGGAAAGUUUCUAGUGCGAGACAGAGACAAGGCGGGGACCUUUGCUCUCUCAAUGAUCUAUGGCAAAACAGUUUACCACUAUCAGAUUCUUCAAGAAAAGUCUGGUAAAUUCUGCAUGCCAGAGGGGACAAAGUUUGACACAAUCUGGCAGCUGGUGGAGUACCUGAAGAUGAAGCCUGACGGCCUGGUGACGGUUCUCGGAGAGUCGUGCAUGAAUGGCAAAGCCGGAAAGAUGCCAAGUCUUCCUGCAACGAGACGUGUAAAUGGAUACACACCGCCACCUCGAGCUGUUUCAGCGUGCUCCGACCCAGUGGCCGAGCGGGAUGCUCUGCCCAUGGACUGCGCCGGGUUCAACCCGUACCACAACCCCAACGAGGUGAAGAGGUUCAACAUCCAGAGGAGUCAGCUGCUGAUAGACGAGGUGGAGCUCGGCUGUGGGAACUUUGGCAGCGUCAAGAAGGGAGUUCUCAAGACUGAUGCAGGUCAGAUAGACGUGGCCAUCAAAGUGCUGAAGAAUGAAAAUGAGAAGAUGGUGAAGGAGGAGAUGAUGAGGGAAGCAGAGAUCAUGCACCAGCUGAACAACCCCUUCAUCGUCCGGAUGCUCGGCCUCUGCAACGCCGAGAGCCUCAUGCUGGUCAUGGAGAUGGCAGCUGCUGGACCCCUGCACAAAUUCCUCAGCACCAACAAGGAUAACGUCACUGCAGAGAACAUUGUGGACCUGAUGCACCAGGUGUCGAUGGGGAUGAAGUAUCUGGAGGAGAAGAACUUUGUGCACAGAGACCUGGCAGCUCGUAACGUCCUGCUGGUCUCAAAACAGUUUGCCAAAAUCAGUGAUUUUGGACUGUCCAAGGCCCUGGGAGCAGAUGACAACUACUACAAGGCUCGCACUGCAGGUAAAUGGCCUCUGAAGUGGUACGCUCCAGAGUGCAUCAACUUCCACAAGUUCUCCAGUAAGAGUGACGUGUGGAGUUUUGGUAUCACCAUGUGGGAGGCCUUCUCCUACGGAGGGAAGCCUUACAGGAAAAUGAAAGGACCGGACGUGACACGCUUCAUUGAAGCUGGAAACCGGAUGGAGUGUCCACCGGCGUGUUCGGAGCGGAUGUAUGCGGUGAUGAACGAGUGCUGGACCUACAAGCAUGAGGACCGUCCGGACUUCAAGAAGGUUGAGGAGACCAUGAGGUCGUACCAUUACUCCAUAUCCAACAAGGCCAAGCCUGAGGGAGCCGCGGCCGCGGCCGCUGCCGAGCCUGUCAAGUAGACAAGAAACAAGCCACAUUCUGUUCCAGUGCUGCACAAAGCCUCCUUUCAGAUGGCCAUUAAACAACCAAGACAAAGGGCUUUUUAUGAACGGGCCACUCUGACCAGCGUCAGCUACAGUAACCCACACAGCCAAACAGGCCUCAGUGACAAUAAAUGUGCAUUUGUAAAUUAAACCUCAGUGUGUUGGCCACGUGAGGAGGGUCUCUGUCUGUUAGUAGCGGUUUGAAUGUUAAGUGUUGACGUCAUUGCGUUAUACAAACUCAUUUUAUAUUCUGAUAUUUUUGAGUGUAAUGAGUUGUUUUUAUCCAUUGUAGCCUGCCGCCACCUAAGAGAGAUUCGUUGUUUGUUUUUUCAAUGCCAAAUAAAAAGAAACUUUAAUGCUGCGA